AUGUCUUUCACUUGCAUUUUAGAAAUCAGAAAUGUUUGGGUCGGAGUAUCUAAUUUUGUUUACCGGAACCUCUCCAUGGACAAGGGUGCCAAUGUCCCUGGACUGGGAAUAUUCUCAUUAGCUCGAACAAAGCUAGAUCUGGGUGGCAACAGAUUUAUUGCAAUACAAAGACCUGUGUUUCUCUUGUCUGAGAAACUUUCCCGGGCCUAUGGACUGAAACAAUCAAAAACAUACACUCCUGAUGAAUAUCCAGUUGUUCCUCUGAAUAUAACGACUCUAUCUUUGAAGACUGCCUUGAAAAAGAAGGAAAUAGAAGAUUGCAUAAGGGAGACUGUCCUGUAUUUCUAUCGCCUGAUGAUUCAUGGACAGCCAGUGACAUUCCCACUCAGGGGGAUUGGUGUUCUGGGUAUCCAGAACAAAAUAGUGACCAUGACCUUUUGCAGAGAGUUCCUGCAAGCCACGGAUGGGAGUAGGAACCUGGCCAGCAUGCUUCGGAAGGUGCCUUUGCUGAGGACUGUGGCAGAAGACUCAAUAACUUUCCAACGAGCUACUUCACCCCUUUCAAGAGGGUUGGGUUCAAGGACACCCACCACUUCUUCCCAUGUGGCCAGACCUCGGAAGUUGCCAAGCCUUGGGUAUAAGGAAGCUGAUAAGCCAGCAGGCCUGGAAACCAUCCAAGCAGAGAAUGAAAUGGCCAACAAAGAAAAACAGCUAAUUCCAAGAGGGGAAGAUCAUUAUCAUAAUGCAGACAAGAAAGAAACUCUUCCCAAGGAGCAUCUUCGGUCCCAGCGGAGUCUCGCUCCUGCCAAAGCGGCGAUGCUCGUCUGCAGCGAUUCAGUGGAGAAGACUGCAGAGCAAAACAGCGGCUUUAAAAGAUCGAAGACGGCAAAGGGUCAGCAUCCUUCAGAAAAGGAAAUAAUCCAUGAUCCCACUCCCAAAAUGGCAUCCUCUCCCUGUAAGAGCCAGGUCACAGCACGAAAGGAACCGUGCUCCCUGUGCUGGGAGCAUCUGAGGAAGAGGUUUUCGGAGAAGGGGAGCACAGAGAAGGAAGAAGGGCGCAUGGUUGUUCAGAAAUUUCAAGAUAUGAAUCUCUUGGAGGCCGUUCUUCGGGACCAGAUGAAAAUCAUACAGGACAGAAAGCACAGGAAAACCCUUUCUGCCUGUAAUGUGACAGUUGCCCAUCAAAAAAGGAAGGAAAAUGAAAAGCCCAGAAAACAGCAUGAUGGAUAUUGCUGUUUUGAGCAGUGCGGCUCAGAUGUCAAGGCCAGCAGAUACCACGUUGACUCCUUAUGA